AUGCUGAUAAAUCAAAAAUAUUCAUCACAGGAUCAAGACAGAUUGCUGCAUAAAUUCUAUCAUCUUAUAAUCCACUUAACAUAGCUGUUUAACCUCCAUAAGAAUGGCCACACAUUAAUACUUUACCAUUUAAUUAUAACUAUGUAUUUUAUACUUUAUUAUUAAAAAUUUGUGCAAAUUUUUAAGUGUCGAAGGCAAAAUCCAAAAUUUGUUAUACUUACUCUUUCCUACGAAUUGUAGCUUGGUACAUAGUAUUUACAAAAUCAGCUUCUUAAGGAGGUACAGAUACUUUUUCAAGAUAUUCUUCAUCUUUAUGCUACAGCGAAAUUACAAUACAGCCUUUAGAAGCUAGUUCUUUGCAAAAAGUAGCUUAGUAAUUUCUAUUUGAACUUAAACCAUGUGAGUAAAUGA